GUUGUCUCCGCCUGGACCGAGAGGGAACCGGAACUCGCUUAGUUUCCAGCGCCAGUGUUUCAUCGUAUUUUGGACCGGAGAGAUGAGGCGGAAGGAGAAGAGGCUGCUGCAGUUCGCCGGGCUGCUCAUAGCGGCUCUUCUUUUCCUGCCCAACGUCGGUCUGUGGUCUUUGUACAGAGACCGAGUGUUUGACAACUCGCCCGACACGGCGGACGGACCGGGCGGCAUCCCGCUAAUACAGCAUGUGAACCGGAUGGGGAAGGAGGCUCAGGUCGGGCGUGACGGCGUGCGGAGGAAAGACUGGCACGACUACGAAGCAAUAAAGAGAGACGCCUCCCGCUCUGGAAACGGUGAGCAGGGGAAAGCGUUCCCUCUGACAGAGGCUGACCGGGUCGACCAGGCCUACAGGGAGAACGGCUUCAACAUUUAUGUCAGUGACCGCAUCUCCCUGAACCGCUCCCUCCCAGACAUCCGCCACCCAAACUGCAAACAGAAGCUGUAUGCGGAGAAGCUGCCCAACACCAGCAUCAUCAUCCCGUUCCAUAACGAGGGCUGGUCAUCGCUGCUGAGGACCGUGCACAGCGUGCUCAACCGCUCGCCGCCACAGCUCAUCGCAGAGGUCAUCCUGGUCGACGACUUCAGCGAUAAAGAGCACCUAAAGGUGGCGCUGGAGGAGUACAUGGUGCGGAUGCCUAAGGUUCGCAUCCUGAGGACCAAGAAGAGGGAGGGGCUGAUCAGGACUCGCCUGCUGGGAGCCGCUGCUGCCAAGGGAGAAGUCAUCACCUUCCUGGACUCCCACUGUGAGGCCAACGUCAACUGGCUGGCUCCACUGCUGGACCGAAUUGCCCAGAACCGGAAGUCCAUUGUGUGUCCGAUGAUCGACGUGAUCGACCACGACAACUUUGGCUACGAGACACAGGCAGGUGACGCCAUGCGGGGGGCCUUUGACUGGGAAAUGUACUACAAACGUAUCCCCAUCCCUUCAGAGCUGCAGAAGGAAGACCCCAGUGAGCCCUUUGAGUCUCCAGUCAUGGCAGGUGGGCUGUUUGCUGUGGACAGGAAGUGGUUCUGGGAGCUGGGAGGAUACGACACGGGUCUGGAGAUCUGGGGUGGAGAACAGUACGAGAUCUCCUUCAAGGUGUGGAUGUGUGGUGGUCGGAUGGAGGACAUCCCCUGCUCCAGGGUAGGACAUAUCUACAGGAAGUACGUUCCCUACAAAGUUCCUGGUGGUGUCAGCCUGGCGAGGAACCUGAAGCGCGUGGCAGAGGUCUGGAUGGACGAGUACGCCGAGUACAUCUACCAGCGUCGGCCGGAGUACCGCCACCUGUCUGCAGGAGACAUGACGGUGCAGAAAGAGCUGAGGAACAGCCUCAACUGCAAGAGCUUCAAGUGGUUCAUGAGCGAGGUGGCCUGGGACCUGCCCAAACAUUACCCGCCUGUGGAGCCUCCUGCUGCUGCCUGGGGAGAACUGCGUAACGUGGCCAGUGGUAUGUGUAUGGAGAGUAAACACUUUGUGUCGGGGAGUCCCCUCCGCCUGGAGGGCUGUGUGAAAGGGCGAGGCGAGGCAGGCUGGAGCCGCGGACAGGUGUUCACAUUUGGCUGGAGGGAGGACAUUCGGGUGGGAGACCCCAUGCACACAAAGAAGGUUUGCUUCGACGCCAUCUCCCACAACAGCCCCGUCACCCUGUACGACUGCCACGGCAUGAAGGGGAACCAGCUGUGGCGCUACAGAAAGGAUAAGAGCCUGUAUCACCCGGUCAGUAACAGCUGUAUAGACAGCAGUCCGACGGAGCGCCGUGUCUUCAUGAACACUUGUGACCCCAGCUCUCCCAGCCAGCAGUGGCUGUUUGAGAGAACUAACUCCACGGUGCUGGAGCACUUCAACCACGGCAACAACUGAGGCCGCCGGGGGACAGAAAGCUGUGGCGUCCACGAAAAGCGGACUAGAGACCGACAAAUCAGAGUACGCGUGCAGGAGUGGAGCUGCUGCUGUUGUGAAACGGGGUUUAAGUUGUAAUUUCAUCCGGAGCCCCCAUUUAGUCGUCGCCGCGGUGACGGCUGCUUCUCUUUGUGGUCCUGUGGGUUCUUUUGGGGGGUCCUGAGAGUGGAGGAGGAUGAGAUAGCGCCGGCGAGCUCUUUAGACACAUCAGUUAGGGGGAGAGAUUGAGUUGAGGUUUCGGGACAGUCUCAUGCUUGAUGGAUGUGUUGCGUGUGCAUCAGAUGUAUUCGGCCUGUCACGGCGUUGGCAGGUGUCUCUCACUUCCUGAUUUGGCCGCAGAUUGGUUAUUUGGCUUUUCUCAAUUUCUCCUCCCUCAUUUCCUUUUGUGUGUGAUUCAUGUUUUUUUUUUUUUUUUUUUUUCCUCUGCUUCUAUCGAUUGCCCUUUUCU